AUGAAGGCCAUUCAAAUACAGAAUGUUGGAGGAGUUGAGGUACUCCAAUAUACUGACGUUCCCCGCCCGACUGUAUCGCCAAAUACAGUAUUGGUCAAGAAUCAUGCAAUUGGAGUUAAUUUCAUAGAUAUAUACCAAAGGACGGGCGUAUAUACACUGUCAUUGCCCGCCAUUCUGGGUAGAGAAGGUGCGGGAGUUGUCGAGCAAAUAGGUGAAGGUGUAGAAAAUAUUGCAGCUGGAGAUCGAGUCGCUUAUAUGGGACCUUCAAGCUAUGCGGAAUAUACGGUGGCGAGUGCGAACCAUGUAUAUAAACUACCUGAAAAUGUGGAUUUCAAACUAGGAGCUGCGGCGUUACUUCAAGGAUUGACGGCUUGGACCUUAGUAACACAAGCCUAUGCUAUUAAGAAAGGGGAUUGGGUUCUUAUUCACGCAGCAGCUGGAGGUACUGGAUUGCUCCUGACCCAAAUUGCAAAGCAUUUGGGAGCCAAUGUUAUAGGUACGGUGUCCACACCGGAAAAGGCUGAGCAAGCUUCUCGAGCAGGAGCCGACCAUGUGAUAAAUUAUACUACUUCUGACGUGCUUUCGGGGGUAAAAGCCCUAACGUCAAACGAAGGAGUUAAUGUGGCCUAUGAUGGCGUCGGGAAAGACACCUUUGAUACGUCACUUGCUUCACUUAGACGGCUUGGGUGGAUGGUUUCCUUUGGAAAUGCGUCUGGAGUCGUUCCUCCGUUUAGUCUACUGCGUCUGUCUGAAAAGAACGUGACGUUGGUAAGGCCUACUUUAUUCAAUUAUAUUGCUACAAGGGAAGAGUUUAACAAAUAUUGUGAGGAAUUCUUUGCAUUGCUUGUGGCACAGAAAGUGGAUAUUAAAAUCCAUAAAACGUACAAAUUAAGUGAUGUAAAACAAGCACAUUCGGAUCUGGAGGGGCGCAAAACAUCUGGAAAAUUAGUUUUGGAACCAUAA